GUGACUAUGAUUGUCUUUCAUGAGAUGGGGAUGAGUGCUUAAAGGAGACGAAUUCGUGUCCUAAUCUUUGCAGCUCUCUUCCCUCCCUCCCUCCGCUUGUUGCGAGCAUACGGCCCGAAACUCUCCUGCCGUCGCCGAAGAACACACCCGUCUUCUGUAUUGAAGAGCGCAACCGAGCGCUCCCGGUCGCUUGCUCGUCUCGUGAACCAAUCGUUGAGGCUUGGAAAUCUUGCUCGAAUUUCGCAGAAUCUGCAGCUGUCUCGAGGGUGGGUAUAAGUUAGUUUUGCCUAGGCCCAAAAUCAAACAAUAAAGUCAUUGGAAAGUAAAGGUAGAAAGCCAAAUCAAGAAGAAGAUGGAGGGGUUAGUUUCUUUUCGAGCGACGGCUAGGGUUCCAUUUCAUGGUGUACCUUCCCUCAUGCACAGGCCCACAAAGUCAUCAAUCUGUAAAUUACUUCCAAUUGCUGCAAUGAACCUUCAUGCCAAGGAAAGUAAGCUCUCUGUCAGCUGUAUCCGAGCUCAACAGUCGGAGACCAGUGAUAUAUCUGCUACAGUUGUAUCUGCUAAUGAAUCACAAGAAAAUUCUCUUAAUGCUAAGGACUGGGAAUUAGGGAUGUACCAAAAUGAAGUAGCUGCUAGCCAAGGGAUCAGGAUUAGAAGAAGGCCACCAACUGGACCUCCCUUGCACUAUGUUGGGCCCUUUGAGUUUCGAUUGCAAAAUGAAGGCAACACUCCUCGAAAUAUUCUGGAGGAGAUCAUAUGGCACAAGGAAAAGGAAGUCUCACAGUUGAAGGGAAAGCGACCCCUGGGGGUGCUUAAGAAAUUCCUUCAAAAUGUUCCUGCGACUAGAGAUUUUGUUGGAGCUCUUAAAGCUGCUCAUGAGCGUACAGGACUUCCAGGUUUGAUUGCUGAAGUUAAAAAGGCUUCUCCAAGUAGAGGAGUACUGAGGGAAGAUUUUGAUCCAGUUGAAAUCGCUCAGGCUUAUGAAAAAGGAGGGGCAGCAUGUCUAAGUGUUUUGACUGAUGAGAAGUAUUUUCAGGGGAGCUUUGAUAAUUUAGAAGCAAUAAGGAGUGCAGGAAUAAAGUGCCCUCUCCUGUGCAAAGAGUUUAUAGUAGAUGCAUGGCAGAUCUACUAUGCUCGAGUAAAAGGUGCAGACGCCAUUCUUUUGAUUGCAGCUGUGCUGCCUGACCUUGACAUCGGAUACAUGAUUAAGAUUUGUAAGAUGCUUGGCUUGGCUGCUCUUGUUGAGGUGCAUGAUGAGCGGGAAAUGGAUCGUGUCCUUGGAAUAGAGGGAGUCGAGCUUAUUGGUAUCAACAACCGCAAUCUGGAAACAUUUGAGGUGGAUAUUAGCAACACAAAGAAGCUUCUUCUUGGAGAGCGUGGUCAAUUAAUCCGUCAGAAGGAUAUAAUUGUUGUUGGGGAGUCUGGACUGUUUACUCCUGAUGACAUUGCCUAUGUACAAGAAGCCGGUGUUAAGGCGGUCCUAGUUGGGGAGUCGAUUGUGAAGCAAAGUGAUCCCGGGAAGGGAAUUGCAGGACUUUUUGGGAAGGACCUCUCCUUGUGAGCUCAGAGCAAAGUUAAAAUGGAGCUAGCAUGCCGUGGAUGCGCUAAGCGAACUGUUGUUUGACGUAUCUGCAGGUCAUUGUUAAGCUUCCUCAUUUGCAAAGAAAUGGAGGAGAGCAUUGUAUUCAAAUAUCUACUGGUAGGAGAUGACAUCUUAGGUCCGAGUUCAUCGCAAUAAACAUUCUGUAUAAUUAUUUCCAUUUGAUAGACUGGGAACCUCUCCUGAGCGUUUUGCGCAAUUUUGCCAAUAAUCUACCAUUUCUAUGGUAGCCUUUGCUCCAUCUCGAGCAUCA